AUGGGUGUCGACGCCGACGCCGUCCGGGACUUGUACCACGCCUCCACCUGUCUCAGCGAGUUGGGGCUCUACCAUGCGGCGAAGUGGGUGGCCGAGGCGCUAAACGGGCUACCGAAAGACCAGGUGGACGCCGCCAUGGCUACCGUGGCCACGAAUGGCCCCCUGUUCCCCACAGAGUACUACCAGUGCCUGCCGACAGAACAGGCCAAAUUCACUCUAGCCAAGUGCUAUUUCCAGUGUAAGGAGUUUGAUCGAGCGGCUUUGACGUUGGCGCCUUUGACCCUGCCGUGCUGUGUGUUCCUUAGGCUUUACGCCCGAGUGAUCGCCAUCGAUAAACGCGCCACCGAAGAACUGGAUGGGCUGAUCAACUGGGCAGUACCGAAGCUGGAUGUGGUGCUAGCAGCUGAUGACGACGACCAGAAAUCUCCGCCAGCGGAAGAUACGCUCAGGGCCCAGCUCACCAAGAUAUUACAGGAGAUCGACACCCUCACCCGCCACCAACUGCUGCCCAACCCGUUCUACCUAUACUUGGCCGGUGCUAUCUAUAACAAGCAGAAGAAGUACCUGCUUGCCGCCCAGUACUUGGUGAAACUGGUAUUGCUGUUCCCCUAUAACUGGCUGGCGUGGAAGGAACUUGCCCUGACACUCACCACGUUGGACGAAGCGCUCCAGUUACUCACCAAGCUUAAGCAGGCCCCCAAAGUGCUGCUAUUGGUGUUUGACAUCUUUGAGGUGGUGGUUCUUCAACAGUUUUACCAGAGCCUGCCCGAGCUUGUUGACCGAGUGAUGGCGCUCCAGCACCAGUUCCCCCACUUCUAUUUCCUCAAAGUGCAACAGUUUCUCAUUGCUUAUCAUCUGAUGGACUACGUGAAAGCCGAACAGGUGUACGACGAUAUCCUCGUCGGGGACCCGCUCCGCCUCGACGACUUGGACACGUUCUCUAAUAUGUUGUACGUGAUGGAGAAGCGGCUGAAGCUCCUGUACUUGGCCCACUACGCGCUGCAAGUGGACAAGUUCCGCCCCGAAACCUGCUGUGUCGUCGCCAACUACCACUCGAUGAAAGGUGAACACGAAAAGGCCAUCAUGUACUACCAGCGAGCGCUCGCAUUAAACAAGCAGUGCAUCUCGGCGUGGACGCUUAUGGGCCACGAGUUUGUCGAAUUGAAAAAUAGCCACGCCGCUAUUGAGAGUUACCGGCGAGCCGUGGACCAGAACCCGCGUGAUUUCCGUGCCUGGUACGGGCUUGGCCAGGCGUACGAGGUGCUCGACAUGAACUUGUACGCGUUAUACUACUACCAGAAAGCCACCAAUCUCCAGCCGUUGGAUAAGCGGAUGUGGCAGGCGUUGGGCAACUGCUACGAGAAGCUGGAUAAACUCGAAGAGGCCGCUAAGGCAUUUGAGAAGGCGUUGAUGAUCGAUAACUUCCGCGCGGGAGGGGCUCACCACGGCGACGAUACCGACGGUGACGCCUACCAGCUGGUGCUUGAGCCACACGUGGUGUACCGGCUAGCCAUCAUUUCUGAGAAAUUGGGCCAGGUGGCGACCACUUUCAGGUACAUGAAGCUCUGCUUUGGUCAAGAAUACGAGUGGGGAGAAACCGAUGAAACGACAAAGGCGCGGCUCUGGUUAGCCCGCCACGCAUUGGAGAAUAAACGGUUUGACGAGGCGUACGAGUUGGCGAAAGAGCUAAACCGAGGCAACGCCCACGAUAUCGAGGAGGCAAGGCUGAUUGCGAGGGAUGCUCGUUCACGAAUGAAAUAA